AUGGUGACGAAGGGAAUGCGUGUUGGGAAAUACGAGCUUGGGAGGACUCUUGGGGAAGGCAACUCUGCCAAAGUCAAACUCGCUACAGAUACCGUUUCAGGCCAAUCGUUCGCCGUCAAAAUCAUCGACAAAUCUAGUAUCAAACGUCUUAACGUCUCGUUUCAGAUUAAGAGAGAGAUACGGACACUGAAAGUGUUAAAGCAUCCAAAUAUUGUCAGAUUACAUGAGGUCCUGGCUAGCAAAACAAAGAUCUACAUGGUCCUUGAAUAUGUCACUGGAGGAGACUUAUUUGACAGAAUUGAAGAUGGGUUGCUACAUACAGCCUGUGGAAGUCCAAACUAUGUCGCACCCGAGGUCCUAGCCAACAAGGGCUAUGAUGGUGCAGCAUCAGAUAUAUGGUCGUGUGGAGUCAUCUUGUAUGUGAUUCUAACGGGAUGUCUCCCUUUUGAUGAUGCAAACCUCGCGGUUCUUUGCCGUAAUAUAUUCAAAGGGGACCCUCCAAUACCUAGAUGGCUAUCACAGGGUGCUAAAACCAUGAUCAAGAGAAUGCUUGAUCCAAAUCCAAUAACAAGGAUGACAAUCACAGGUAUUAAGGCCAAUGAGUGGUUCAAUCAUGACUACACUCCUUCCAGUUGUGAUGAUGAAGAUGAUGAUGCAUCCUCAAUCCAAGAAGAUGUAUCUGAAGAAGAGAAGAGUCCUUAUUCACCAACCGUCAUCAACGCCUUUGAGUUGAUCGGAAUGUCAUCUUUUCUCGACCUCUCCGGUUUGUUUGAGAUAGAGAAAGUACCAGACAGGAAAAUAAGACUCACAUCAAAUAGGUUAGCCAUAGAUGUGUUGGAGAAAAUCAAAACAACCCUUAUGGAGAUGGGUUUCCACGCACAGAAGAAACACACAAUAUUAAAAGCAAUCCAACAAGAGGGUUAUCGAAAAGGGCGAGGCGGGUUAUCAUUAACCGCGGAGGUUUUCGAGAUCAUCCCGUUGCUGAAUGUGGUCGAACUAAGAAUGACACAUGGUGAUUCAUUAUUAUAUGAACAGUCUCGACCUAAAACAGCUUACUGCUUUCUUGUUGGUAUAGUUGUGCGACAGAUUAUCCAACGAAUUGGGCACAUCAUCGCAAGUUCAAUAGCUUUUCAGGUAGUCAGCAGUAGAAACAAGUGUCGAACAUUCGAAGUUUGA